AUGGUCGUCCCGCUUCCAUCAGAUGACCUCGAUAGUAGGUCGAAAUCCAACUCGACCAACUCGCUUUUCUCGCUCAGCAGAAAUCGCGAUAGCUACUCCAGCAUCGUAGAUCAAUAUCUAACGGACGAAGAGGACCAUGAGGAUCCACACGCCUUUUCGUCGCGUCCCGCAGAGGAACCCUCGGCUCUCACGCUGAAUUACUCGAGUCGUGGCCGUCGUUUUUCGUCCGUUUCUGCGCAUGCUGCUUCACAACUGCAAGCCGGAGAUGAUAAGCUCGUUUUUAUACUGGUAGGUCUGCCGGCUAGUGGAAAAUCGACCGUUUCCAACCAUUUAAUGCAAUAUCUCAGCCGUGAUCCACGCUCUGCCCAUUUGCGUUGCAAGACCUUCAAUGCGGGUCAAGUCAGACGUAAGCUGAGCUGUCGUGGCAGGCCUAUGAUGCUUGCGAACAACUCAUCGGAAGACCUUUUCAAUCCAAAAAAUUCUCAAAAAAAGGAACAGUACGCUAGGCUCACGCUCGAACAGAUGUUUUCGGACCUAGACCAAGACUCCUGCGACGUGGCCAUUUUCGACGCUACCAAUUCCACAGAGCAAAGGCGUGCUUUCAUUUUUCAACAAUUACGACUCUACAACGCUGAUAUGAAGCGUGGCUACCACAUCACUCCUGUGGUGCUCCAAGUCUCCUGUACCGAACGCGCGUUCAUUCGCUUCAACAUUCACAACAAGACCUUUAAUCAAGACUACUUUGACAAGCCUUACGAGUUCGCAGUCCGUGACUUCGCGAAACGGCUUACCCACUACCAUUCCCAGUACAUCCCUUUCACCAAAGCGGAGUUCGGCAAUCAGGUGGCGGAGGGUAGACUUGUCAGUGAGGACAACGGGCUUUUUUGGUAUAGUAUCAUCAACGCAGGAUACUCGGACGCUUCAGCCGAAUGGCAAAGGCAUUUCCCGCUCGGAGCGACCCAAUAUUUGGGUGAGCUGAUCAAAUCUAUCGAACUCUUUAUGGAAAGCUACUCACAGAUUUACGCUCGCCAGUAUAUUCAAGACGUUCAAGAUUUUGCGAAGGGCAAAAGCCCUUCUACUCAAGCUCCUGCUCUUCGUGUUGCUGCUCCAUCUGCUUCCACGCCAAUUCGUGAUACCACAGAUGUACCGUACGCCUCUAUUCUCAACGGAAUUGUGAGUGACGACUACUUCAACAAACUCAGAAAAGCUACCGCUGUGUAG